AGCCCCGGCUGCACUCACAGGGGUCCAGGCGGGUGGCCUCACCGCUCAGUACAAGGCUCACUCUGCUGCCUUCCUCUCCAGGCUCCCCAAGCCCUGCAGGCCAACCUGGGUGGGUGUGGUGUGUGUUUGCAUCUGUUCUUCUCCUGGGGCUCCCCUGAGCGCCACUCACACCAGGAAGGGAGCAGGAGAGAGAGAACAAGUGGAUCCAGCAGCCUGGGCUUCAGAGGAAUAAGGGCAUCGCCUCUUUCUUGAAGGACACUCCCUUCUGAAUGGGAACUCCCCUUCUCCUGCAGCGGCCCUGGUAGGUCAGUGUGGACUCUGCAGCAGCUGCCACCACCACUGCCCCAGAAAGAAAGAACCCCAGAGCCCAGGCAAAGAGAGCUGCAGGAACCCAGAGGUUCAGAGAGCCGGCUUGGGCUGCCGGGGAAGCAGCCGCAGUACAGUGACAGUGACAAACAGAGCAGACGCCGCCAAGUGGAUUCUACUCCCCUGGGACAGCACCACGCGAGUGUGAAGAGAGGUCCAACCCUCAGCCUGCAAGUUAUCCAGCCCUGCAGGCGCCACAAGCAGCAUCCACUGAGCCAUGGCUGAAGGGGAAAUCACGACCUUCGCAGCCCUGACCGAGAAGUUUGAUCUGCCUCCAGGGAAUUACAAGAAGCCCAAACUUCUCUACUGUAGCAACGGGGGCCAUUUCUUGAGGAUUCUUCCAGAUGGCACCGUGGAUGGGACAAGAGACAGGAGCGACCAGCACAUUCAGCUGCAGCUCACUGCGGAAAACGUGGGGGAGGUGUACAUAAAGAGUACGGAGACUGGCCAGUACUUGGCCAUGGACGCCGACGGGCUUUUAUAUGGCUCACAGACACCAAACGAGGAAUGUUUGUUCCUGGAAAGGCUGGAGGAGAACCAUUACAACACCUACAUAUCCAAGAAGCACGCAGAGAAGAAUUGGUUUGUUGCCCUCAAGAAGAACGGAAGCUGCAAACUCGGUCCUCGGACUCACUAUGGCCAGAAAGCAAUCUUGUUUCUCCCCCUGCCAGUCUCCUCUGAUUAAAGAAAUCUGUUUUGGGUGCUGACCACUCCAGAGGAGCCUCAAGGGGUCCUCACUUGGUUGACCCCCAAACAUUCCCUUGACCAUUGGCUGCACUAACCCCCAGCCCACAGAACCUGAAUUUGUAAGCAAUGUGCUUCUAAAUGCCCAGCUCACUUGUUUUGCAGAGCCCUUUAACCCAGCACAGGUGGGAAUAGAAGGACCAAAUAGCUUCUUGGGGCCAACUGGCUGGCCAGUCUGGGUCUGGGUUUGGGUGUCCAAUGGCCUCUGGGGACCUGCUGUAGGCUGAGCCUCUCAAUGUAAAGGUGGGUGGGGGCCAAAGCAAGUGUGUUAAGGGGUCUGCCAAGUGGGUCAUUAGUAACUGCAUACCAUUUCCCUCGACUGGGUAAACCCUGUUUGCAAUUCCCCCAAACAUCCGGCAUGACUCCCUUUGUCCUUUGAGUAUGCACAAAUAUUAGCAGAGAAGCAUUUAGCUAGGUUAGAGGACAGCAGCAUUUAACGAGUAGAAAUAGGGACAGAAAUCCCCCCUCAUACAGAAAAGAAUAAACACGAAAAGGAAGAUUGGAUUUUGGUGAACAGCUUAGAAGGAUGGGAUCUCAAUGCAGAAUGGAGGGGAGGCUCAGCCACAGGAGAGCAGAAUAAAUCCAUCGCCUUGGGAGUCACUGCCAUGCUUUGAGCUUCCCAAGGUUACUCAGUGGCAGGGAGCCUCUGUAAGAUGUCAGGGAGAGAGUUUGAGAAGUGGAUUCUCUACAAAAGGAAAGCCAUGCGAUGUUGGGAAAUUCAUCUUGGUCUGGGGUGUGGAGGUGGGAGUGAUGAGAAAGAAAGGGAAGCAUGACUGAAAGAAUGUUAUCCUCUAGGGAGGAUAAUUUUAGAAGUGAGAUAGAGAAAGUGGCCCUAUGAGUUGUGCUCGGCCACCGGCAAGCAGAAGCUUAGAGGGCUUGGGGUAUUCUCCAACUCUGAUAUGUACACGGGUCACCUAGGGACCUGGUCUGAAUGUAGAUUUGGAUUGAUUGAGUCUCAGGUAGAGUUGCAACGUUUCCAACAGGCUUCCGGGUGGAGAUACUGCUGCCUUCCCUUACCUCGUUUAAGGAGCACCAUCCUAAAGAAUGACAUCCAGACAAAGGUGCUCACAUCUCAGACUCAUACUCUGAUCCUUACCACACCUCAGCCUCACCCUGAAAAAUGUACACCCUGAGUCUCCCUGAGCAGCCAGGCAGCGUGGAUGGUAGUUAACGUCUGUAGUAAGGAGCACGGUUUUAAGGUGCUUUAGCCCACUGCCUAUGAAAUGCCCAUUUAGAAGAUAUACAAAAGCGUACUGCAGAAAUGUUCAACUCCCACAAACAGCUUUUCCCGAGUGACUAUUUGUGCUACCAUUACUUGUAUAAAUAUGCUUCCUGCUUAAACUAAACUUGACCCAAGUGGCUAGCAAAUUAGAAACACCAUUCAUCUCUGAUAUAUGAUGCCAAUGCCAUGUAAAGGCCUUUAAUAAGCCAUUUAAAUUUACUGUGAGAUUGUAUGUUUUAACCACAUUUAAACUAUAUAUAGCUCAAAGGCAGUUAAACUGAUUAGCACUCAGCCACUGAGAAUGGUCAUAAUGGGACACAAGGUAUAAGCUACUCAAUUAUCUAAUACUUCUACUACAUUUAUCUCUAAAAUGGGAUUUUGCUCUUCCGUU